AUGGUGGAUCCUGCCAGUGAACCAGAGCCAGAUCAAUACAUUUCCGAAAUCAAAAGGCUGCUGGCGCCACAUGUAAACUCACGUUGGUCACUUGAGUCGAACAGAUCACACCUAACAAAGGUCGCAUACACAGACACCUAUGAAGAGUACCCGAUUGCCAGUCCCAAACAGCUUAUAGCACAGGCGGCAAUUUUGACGGAUGAGGAAACCCUCAGCAUUUGCAUCAUUGAAAACAUAUCCAAGGAAUACGUCGAAGUUCUUGGCACAGAGUGGGGAAUCGACCCCAUGUUCUUUGUAGAGUACGCUUCCAAUCCGGCAAAGAACGCAUUGUGGUGGUCAAAUAAGUGGGAUUGGAAACCACCAGAGGUGCCUGGGGAACCCGAUAGUCCUAAUUCGCAGGAGCUUUCUUGGUCCGCGAAGAAUCCUUCGUUUUUUAGACUACCCUCAGGAUACUUAGACGGUGUAUUCGAAUACCACAACGAGACGCCAAAUCUAAGCCCUUCAACGUUAUCAAAACUGAAUUCCUCGCCGAAUCUUAUCUAUCGCCAUUGCUUCAAGGACAAGGACUGGCCCAUACAAUCGAAUACUCGGAUCUCUUAUUGUCGUCCUAAUCGAUUUAUGUAUUUGUUUCUAGUUGACGCACCAAUAAAGUUCCCCGUCGGGAUACUGGAUCAAGAGUCACGAUCAUUCCCCACUUUGAGACUCCUGCAUUCUAACAGCAGGGGAGGAGUCGAGCUACCACAUAUAUAUGAUAGCUCUCGCAGGGAGUACAGUCUCUUUGAGAACCUCAAAACAUUUUGCCAUCACCACUGGCAUCUCCGAGUACUUUUCGACCAGAGAAUCGAUCACUUUGGCUGUGAUUACGUGGUCUAUCCCAACAAAUUAGUCCUACCUGCCACCCCCCUCAUUUAUCUCUGGGCAAGCUGUCUGUGGGAAGAAAAUUUAAAAUUCCUCGACAAGGAAAUCAAGCGCAUCAGCUUCAGGGAGAUACGCAAUCCUCGAUUGGAAAUCAAUGCCAUCUUACAUGACCGCCGCGAAGACCUUGCGCACAUCAUCCAGGGUCUGGCUGAUACGAACAUGUAUAUCCCUCGUGAAGUCCAUGAGUUCUUUGCAACACAUCCAAACUGGCUGGACUUCACGCGCACUAAGCCCGAAAAUUGGGACCGUCUCAUCGCACAAGCCAACAAACUCGACGCCUUUCUCAUAGAAACGUUCCAGUUGUUCAUGAGUUCCGUCAGUGUACAGGAUAGUCACAUGAGUAUCGAGCAGUCUCGUCUCGGUAUGGAACAAGCCCGCCGAGGAAGUCAGCUCACGUACCUGGCGUUCAUCUAUGUGCCGUUGUCAUUUGUGACGGGGAUUUUUGGGAUGAAUGUGCAGCAGAUCAAUGGUACUGGCUUGAAUGUUUGGGUGUGCUUUGUGACGCUUGUACCGCUGGUUUGUUUGACUGGGUUGGUGUUUUGGGGGGUGUGGUUUUAUGGGAGAUGGAAGGGGAAGAGGGAGAAGACGGACGAGGAAAAGGUUUAG